AUGACCGACCCGCAGCCAUCGAAAUCGACUCCAUUGCCUAUCUCUGUGCAAUCACGCUGUGGAGGUCACGGUUCUGGCUGCCGAAGACGACCUUGCCGUGGUCCGAUCCACUUCCUGGUCAGCUUGGUGAUUCGCAAGUCUCGGGAGAAGAAGGAGAGAGAGAGUUUGGCUGCCAAUUUGAGCGAUGAGACGGAGAGCGAGCAGCAGGAGCGUGGGGUUGUUGAGACGGUGGAUGAGAAGCAGAUGAAGAAGGGAUGUGUGGAGAUAGAGGAGAAGGACGCGGAUGUGAAAGUCUUGACAAGGUCGGGUAUUGAGGAGAAAGUUGUCCGCUCUGCAAUGUAUAAUAGUGGAAUAGCCCAAUGA